CGGGGCGGACACCCCUGCCGUAGGACUCUGUCCCUCAGCCUCAAUGCCUCCGCGAACAAAGUUGAGUGGGUGUGGGUGGUUGGAGCUGUGGAGGUGUCCUCCGGGGGCGAGUGCGGCCAGAACACCCGUCACGGUUAAGUUUCCUGCGCGCACGUUGCAAGGACCGUGUGAGAGUAUGGUAUAAUUUGGUUUCCUGAGAUUCUGUCUUAGCAAGAAAGAAGUGGGAAAUACUCCUCAAAAAAGAACUAAAACCAUAAUAAAGCCACAAUUUAUUAUUACAUGGUUGUCAGCUUAUUUACCAAUAUGGACACUUUUCCCAACAUUUUUCCAACUGGUGGAGACACUGGACUAAAUUCUGAAUCUGAGUUCCAAAAAAUGUUAAUUGAUGAAAGAUUACGAUGUGACCAUCAUAAAACUAAUUAUCAGACUCUCAAAGUUGAACACACAAGAUUGCAGGGUGAGUACAUAAAAUCACAAAAUGAACUCAAGCGCUUGUUAAAUGAAAAGGAAACAAACCAGGAAAAAUUCCAGCUACUGCUUGAAGAGCUAAAAGGGGAAUUAGUAGAGAAAACUAAAGAUUUAGAAGAAAUAAAACUGCAGGUUUUAACGCCACAAAAAUUGGAAUUGUUAAGAGCCCAAAUACAACAAGAAUUAGAAACUCCAAUGAGAGAACGUUUACGGAAUCUGGAUGAAGAAGUGGAGAAGUAUAGAGCUGAAUAUAAUAAGCUUCGCUAUGAACAUACAUUUCUCAAGUCAGAAUUUGAACACCAGAAAGAAGAAUUUGCACGCAUUUCAGAAGAGGAAAAAAUAAAAUAUGAAUCAGAGAUUGCAAGACUGGAGAAAGAUAAAGAAGAACUACAUAACCAGCUGUUUAGCGUUGAUCUUACAAGAGACACCAAACGAAUGGAGCAACUUGUACGAGAAAAAGUCCAUUUGUCUCAGAAAUUAAAAGGUUUAGAGGCUGAAGUAGCAGAAUUAAGGGCUGAAAAAGAGAAUUCUGGUGCUCAGAUAGAAAAUGUCCAAAGAAUACAGGUGCGACAGUUGGCUGAGAUGCAGGCUACAGUUAGGUCUCUGGAGGCUGAAAAACAGUCAGCUAAGCUACAGGCUGAACGUUUGGAAAAAGAGCUACAAUCAAGCAAUGAACAAAAUACUUUUUUAACCAGUAAAUUGCAUAAAGCUGACCGAGAAAUAAAUACAUUGACCAGUAAGGUAAAAGAACUUAAACAUUCAAACAAACUAGAAAUAACAGACAUCAAACUGGAGGCAGCAAGAGCUAAAAGUGAGCUAGAAAGAGAAAAGAAUAAGAUUCAAAGUGAAUUGGACGGAUUACAGUCAGACAAUGAAAUCCUCAAAUCAGCUGUUGAAUACCACAAAGUGCUAUUAGUAGAAAAGGAUCGUGAAUUAAUACGUAAAGUACAAGCUGCCAAGGAAGAAGGUUAUCAAAAACUCGUAGUAUUACAAGGUGAAAAGCUAGAACUUGAGAACAGAUUAGCAGAUUUGGAGAAAAUGAAAUUGGAACAUGAUGUCUGGAGGCAAUCUGAAAAGGAUCAGUGUGAAGAGAAAUUGCGGGCAUCACAGAUGGCAGAAGAAUCGGCCAGAAGGGAACUUCAGAGUAUCAGGUUAAAACUUCAACAACAAAUUGUGAAUAUUGAAAAUGCAGAGAAAGAAAAAAGUGAAAAUUCUGAUCUGAAACAGCAAAUCAGUAGCUUGCAGAUCCAGGUGACCUCACUGGCACAGUCAGAGAAUGACUUGCUGAAUUCAAACCAAAUGCUGAAGGAAAUGGUGGAGAGAUUAAAACAAGAAUGCCGAAAUUUAAGAAGCCAAGCUGAAAAAGUGCAAGUAGAAGUUGAAAAGACAUUGGAAGAAAAACAAAUACUGUGGUUGGAAGAGAAGCAUAAGCUUCAUGCACGUAUCACAGACAGAGAAGAAAAGUAUAAUCAAGCUAAAGAGAAACUACAGCGUGCUGCCAUUGCUCAGAAAAAGAGAAAAUCUCUUCAUGAAAACAAAUUGAGGAGAUUGCAAGAGAAAGUAGAAGUCUUGGAGGCAAAGAAAGAAGAAUUAGAAACAGAAAAUCAGGUGUUAAAUAGACAAAAUGUUCCAUUUGAAGAAUAUACAAGGCUUCAAAAAAGACUAAAAGAUAUACAGAGACGACAUAAUGAAUUUCGAAGUCUAAUUUUGGUUCCUAACAUGCCUCCAACAGCAUCUGUCAAUCCUGUUAGCAUACAGUCAUCAGCCGUGGUUCCAGGCAUGGAACUGUCCUUUCCUCCACAUAUGCAGGAGGAACAGCAUCAAAGGGAACUCUCGCUACUUCGAAAAAGACUGGAAGAACUAGAAACAACACAAAGAAAACAACUAGAAGAACUAGGAUCUCCUGGGGAAUGAUGUUCUUGGAUAAAAGGCAGAUCAAAAGGGGUGAAAUAAAGAUACUCAAUAAAGCAUGCAGUUUUAAUGUA